GAAAUCGAGUGUUCUAAUUUAAAAGUUUUAGCCGCACUUGAUAUAACUUUCAAAUAUAUAAGAGUUGAACCCUGCAACACUAGACAGAAGGGGUUGGCAGUAUCUAGUAAUAGGUUUAUCUGAUAUAAAUUUAUACAUUUACACUACAAUACAAUAACGUUAGAUGCCGAGCUUUUUCAGUAAAGCACUACCUACAAACCAUUAGCUAUGCUUCAAAUUGUGUUGUCAUUGUGCCUACUUGGCUCCCUGGCUAGUGCCCAGACGUCGUGUCCGUUAGACAGUAGCAGGGCGGUGAACUUGACAAACCAGGGUCUGACGUACAUCGACGAAAGCACGUUUGAUACGAUGUAUGACUGUAAACAGUUUGUGCAAAACAUAACAUCCUUGGACCUUUCAAAUAACAAAAUAACAAACGUCGAUGUGGACAGCUUUGCCAUUUUCUUCGAACUACUGUCGCUGAAUCUUUCAAAUAAUCGAAUAGCCUCACUGGAUAACGGUACAUUUUUUCCUCUCCGGAAGCUAGAGAGUCUGGAUCUGUCUUUUAACUCGCUUACAAAACUAGAGGCUGGACUUAUUAGUUUGUACAAUUUGAGGAACGUUUGGUUCAAUAACAACAACAUAAGUGAAGUGGAUCCUAAUAUUGUUGGGCAAGAGAAUGUGGCAUUAAUGUAUUUCAACAUGAAUAACAAUUCAAUGACCUAUUUAGAUCCGUGGCCAUAUAGAACAUAUCAAUCUUACCAAAGACGUACGGACCGGGAGUUCUUUUUUGAGCAUAACAAGAUUUCGGAACUGAAAAAUUACAUGAACUGGACUUAUGACCUGAAAUAUCCAUUUGAGGUGCUGGUACACCUGCAAAACAAUCUGCUGAAUACAAUCGGGGUAGAAACAUUACGACAAUAUGACCCUGAACUGGAUGCCCAAUCCGUCUUCGCCGCGUUCUUAACGUACCAGGCUAAUAUUACACACAACCCGUUCUUCUGCGACUGUAAGCUUUAUGACUUAACAGAAAUUGUUCGCCGUGGUAUCUUUCGCUACUCCAGAGUGGAAGAAUACAGAUACCGAUGUGAAUUGCCGUCGUCAUUUGCUGGAAUAGACUUCCUUCAUGACCUUGAACUUGAUCAAUUUGUUUGUAAUAUAACAAAUAACUGCCCUUCAGGUUGCUUCUGUCAGGAUCGGCCACACAAUGACACCUUUCUCGUUGACUGCACUGGUGCCGGUCUAACUGAGAUGCCGGAUGUCAUUCCUGACCACAGUCGAUCCAAACUUGAACUGAUUUUAGACGGUAACAGCAUCGGCGCUUUAAAGAACACUACUUAUUUACCACAGAUUUACAACAUUUCAAUAGUCGGGAACCAACUGAACAGCUUAGAUAAAGACGUACUGUCAGGAAUGAAUGCAACGCGACUGGAUUUUAGAAACAAUAGAAUCACAACAAUUCCACGUGAAAUUAAGAAAUUUAGCUACAGUUCUGUCCAGCUCUCUGGAAACCCACUGGAGUGUGACUGCGACUCAAUGUGGAUGGCCGAGUGGAUAGAACUGGACAGUGAUGAAGGCGAUAUGUCUCUGACCUGUGAUUCAAAAACUGGUGUCCGUACGAUAGUGGACAUAAGCCUUAAGGCGCUUGGUUGUACAAACGAGUUGCUCAUCAUCAUUUGCGUUUGCCUUGGUGUUAUAUUGGCACUACUUGCAGUAGCGGUCGUAUUUGCAAAACGGUGUCCUUAUGAAACCCGCGUAAUUCUUCACAAACUCUUUCGCAUUCGUCCUGGACAAAAGUAUGGUGUCGAUGGCGACGAACAAAAAGAUGUUGACAUUUAUAUCGUUUUUGAUGAUAUGUGUGAAGAUGUGAUUGGAUGGGUUAGAUAUUUUCUAAAGAAACUAAACCGGAAAAAGCCAAUCUAUUCAGUUUUGAAUCCUGCCAGAUUUAUGGAACCUGGAAGUGAAGCCGUAAAUAUUCCGAAGUGGAUCGGCAAAUCAAAAAGAAUGAUCGUUGUUCUCUCGGACAAGAUAUUUGACAACGAGUGGCGUUGUUUUGAGAUAGAAGAUGCUGAGCGUCGUAUUAUAGAAGCUGCCGCACGUCAAAAUGGGAAAAACACGAAUGAAAAUGAAAAUAAUGAAACUGACAUGGAUAAUAACAAUGAUGAGAAUGGAGCAAAUAAUAAAGAGGAAAGAGAAUUUUGUGCUAUAAACAUGGAAGAUGAAAAUAUAGAAAAUGCACCUAAUAUUAUCUAUAUUAUCUUUAACAGUAGCGAUUUGCUGAAAACAAAACUGGAUGAAGAUAGAUGGAUAGAAAGAAUUGGCGACAGACGCAAUAUAAGGAAGGGCAAUCCAAAAGAAUUUGAUCUCAGAACUAAAGCAUGGCAGGAAAAACUCCAGCAAGAGCCUUGGAAAUCGAGGCUGGCCGGAAAAGUAGUUCUGUCACCUGAUGACAGAAUGUUCUGGUCAAAAUUACGUUAUGAGCUGCCACCAAAAGGUAACGGAGUAGGUGACGGCAAUUUCACAUUUAAGCGCGAAACUCCUCGAGAAAAUCCAAGGAGACAACAUUUGCAAGAACAGGAAAGAAUUCGAAAUGGUCCGAAUGAAACUGAGGUUAGGCAAGUUCAGAACAAUAGAAACAGAAAAACAGCUGCAGAGACUUCUGAAAAAGCUCGUGUUCAUAAAACUCCUAAUCAAAAGUUAACAGUAAAUGACAAAUUUUUAGACAAUAACAGAAAGUAUGUUCCUACUAAGAAGAAGGCUGCAAACAAGGGGGAUCUGCUUAAUGGUUUGAAAAUUGACAAUAGAAUGGGAGUAUUUACUAUAUCUAGAAAUGAGGAGAGUGUGGAUAAAGCACAAAGUCAAGACAAUGAUUCUAACUGCGAACGAAAUAAUCAAUUAUUAGACGUGCUGCAAGAGAUAAGUUUUUCAGGACCCGAUGCUAGACCCAAAGAAACAAGAAUAAAUAUUCCAGAAACAUUAAGUGGAAAAGUCCUUAGAGACAUCGUGUCUAAGGUUAGUGAUAAUAAAGGGUCGCCGGCAAAUUCGAGACCUGGUAGCGGUGUUUCAGAAUGUGGCGAUAAGGAAACAAGCAAGCGUAUAUUUACUAUUGGCACACGGGGGAGUGGUCAGUCUAGUAAUAUUUCAAACUUAUUGGGUUAUAGCAGUAACAUGCGCAGAAACGCGAGCAGCGGAACAAUCGUCAGUAACGUAUCAUCAAAUACUUCAUCAAGUUCAAAUGCUUAAAAUAUAUCAGACUGUCUCGCUGUUUAGUCCGCCCUGUGUAUUACAUUUGUGCAAUAAUUUCACUUAUUUGGUCAUUUGUUUACAUACGAUUAUUUGGUGCAAUUCAGUUUUUUUUCCCAUUUUCUAUUUUUACUACUAUCAUUAUCAGUGUUAUUUAUGUUGUAGUUGUGACAAUGGCCAUGAUGGAAAUGACUAUGAUGAUUAUGAGAAACACCAUUGUCGCAGUCAUCCUCCUCAUCAUCAUCAUCAUCAUUAUCAUCGACCUAGUCAUCGUCGUCGGUAUAUGAACUAAUAUCAAAUAUAUUUGUUAUUCUCAAUUAAAAAAAUGCAUUCAGUCUAGCAAGUUUUAAAUUAAUGAAAAUUACUUUUGUUUACAUUUCAAAAGAAUAUGAUAUCAACAACAGUUUCUCAAACCAGAAGUAUUUGUACGAAGAAGGAAACCAAAUGAUUGUUUGACUAAAAUUGUCUUUGUCUUAGUGUAUGAUCGUGCGUACUUCCAACGUAUUCGUACACAAUCCCGAUGUAUUCCUUUACAAUGAACAUGUAUUCCUAUGCAAUUUCAAUGUAUUCCUAUACAGUUCCGAUGUAUUCCUUUACAAUGCACAUUAUGUUGCUAUACAGUUCCAAUGUAUUCGUACGCAGUUUCGAUGUACAACAAAUGUAUUCCAAUACAAUGCACAUAUAUUGCUAUACAGUUCCAUUGUAUUUGUAUGCAGUUCCAAUGUAUUCCAAUACAAUGCACAUAUAUUGCUAUAUAAUUCCAAUGUAUGCGUAUAGAAUGCCGAUGUAUUCCUUUACAGUCAUUUUUGAAUUACAUUAUAUCAAAAUAUUCAAAUUAUAAUAGUAGCAUUUGAUAUACAUUUAUUGCCUGUACAUUUAUUAAAAAUGUAUUAAAAUAUUUAAA